AUGGUCACUGAUAACUCCGGAAAAUCGCAUGAUAUCUUGCUUUCUAACGAAAAGUUCGAUCCGAUCGAGUUGGAAGAUCGAUAUGUUCAUCAAGUAUAUGAUGUGAUAGCCUCUGAGUUCAGUUCUACUCGACAUUCACCUUGGCCUAGUGUUGUGAAAUUUAUUGAAGCACAAUCACCGGAUAGCCUUGGUGCUGACGUAGGUUGUGGAAAUGGAAAAUAUCUUACUGCAUCAUCAAAAUAUUAUGCUGCUAUGAAAGCUAACACUUCAUCAACUAGUGUACAGUGCAAAAGUAUAGUUGCCACUUCUAAUUUCAUUCCUAUUGCUGCUAUGGAGAGAAGCCCCAAACUAGCAGAGAUUGUAUAUAACAGAGGCUUCGAUGUAGUAAUAGGUGACAUACUACGAAUACCUUAUUGUUCAGAACGUUUUGAUUUUUUCCUAUGCAUAGCUGUUAUUCAUCAUUUAUCCACUAUAGCUAGGCGUAUAGAAGCAGUUAAUGAGUUGGCUCGUAUUCUACGCGUUGGAGGUCGAGGGUUAAUACAAGUUUGGGCUAAAGAACAACAUGGUAUUUCAAAAUCUGAACCGUCUUAUUACGUUAAUCGUAGGACAAAAACUGUUUGUAAUGUCAGCGAUUCUCCAGAAUCACUCUCGAAAUUCAUUGAAGCUGUCCCCGGUACCUAUUUACCAUUACAUGUCAAUGGUACAGAAUUUCAAAAUACAGAUAUGUUAGUACCUUGGAAGAAAAAAAACUGCAAGGUGACCGAUCAGUUGAAAGAGUCUAAUCAACCAUUACCCGAUUCAAUGUAUGGUCGUUAUUAUCAUUUGUUUGUUAUGGGAGAAUUGGAUGAUCUAAUAUCAAAAGUACCUGCUCUAAAAAUUGACAAAUCUUUCUAUGAACAAGGAAAUUGGGUUGUACAUAUAACAAAAGUUGUAUAAAUAUCGUAAAUAUGCGUAAUACUGAGUUGUCAACAUAAAUAUAGGUGAAGUAUUUUUAAUGGACAAUGGUGAUGAUGAUGAUGAUGGUGGUGGUGGUGGUGAUGGCGAUGAGGAUGAGGAUGAUGAUGAUGGUGAUAAAUAACGUGAUUUCAAUUCUUCGAAGAUUGUUUCAAGUAUCCUAGCACCGAUAUAAAUAAAAGUAACAAACAAUAUAAGAUUAAUUCAUUUUUUUUAUUUUAAAAAUGUAUGUACAAU